AGUGGCAGGGAAACCGGAAGUGGGGGUGCUGCUGCGGGUGCUGGGGCCGGAGGAGGGACGCGCCGGAUUGGGGCCGCCGGGGCUAAGCGAGCGACAGACGCGCCACCCGCCGACGCCGCAGCCGCUUGGGGCCCGCACGGACCCUCUGCCUGAGUGUAGAAUGAGCCAAGGAGACUCAAACCCAGCAGCCAUUCCACAUGCAGCAGAAGAUAUUCAAGGAGAUGACAGAUGGAUGUCACAGCACAACAGAUUUGUCCUGGAUUGCAAAGACAAAGAGCCGGAUGUCCUGUUUGUGGGGGACUCCAUGGUGCAGUUGAUGCAGCAGUAUGAGAUAUGGCGAGAGCUUUUUUCCCCACUUCAUGCACUGAAUUUUGGAAUUGGGGGAGAUACAACAAGACAUGUUUUAUGGAGACUAAAGAAUGGAGAACUGGAGAAUAUUAAACCUAAGGUCAUUGUUGUCUGGGUAGGAACAAACAACCAUGAAAAUACAGCAGAGGAAGUAGCAGGUGGAAUCGAGGCCAUUGUACAACUUAUCAACACAAGGCAGCCCCAGGCCAAAAUCAUUGUAUUGGGUUUGUUACCUCGAGGUGAGAAGCCCAACCCUUUGAGGCAAAAGAAUGCGAAAGUGAACCAGCUCCUCAAGGUCUCCCUGCCAAAGCUUGCCAAUGUUCAGCUCCUGGAUACAGAUGGGGGCUUCGUGCACUCGGACGGUGCCAUCUCCUGCCACGACAUGUUUGAUUUUCUGCAUCUCACAGGAGGGGGCUACGCAAAGAUCUGCAAACCCCUCCAUGAACUGAUUAUGCAGUUGUUGGAGGAAACACCUGAGGAAAAACAAACCACCAUUGCCUGACUGGCUCCCAUCAGUGUUCAUAGCGUCCCAGCUUCCUCAGAUCAGUUGUAUCACUGGCACUACAGAAUCCUUCUCUUUCUUAAGGCACUUUGCAUUGUAGAAUGUUCCUGGAUGUUCAUAUCUAGUGUUUGAAGGGGAGGAGGGAUUUAAACUGGUCCUGUACAUAGAAGGUUUGUUUGACACAGGAGAAAAAUUAGCCAAGGAAGAUGGUUGUUUAAAUUCAUUUGAAACCAGAAGGGGACUUUUUAGUUCUAUGUGUGACACAUUCAUUGGAUUAUCACUGUUUUUCCUAGGACAACAUCAAGCCUAAGUACUGAACAAAAUGAAGAUUCUUCUCUGGCCUUUUCUUUCUAUGGAUUAUGUUAUAUAUAAUGAUUAGAACCACACCUACUUGGCUUUAAAACAGAUGUUUUUCCAGUUUUUAAAGUUCAUAAUUUAGCCUUUUGUUUUAUUUUGCUUUAUUCAUAUGUUAGAGCAACAUAUAUAGCAUCAGAUUGAACGUGCUUGUCAUUCAAAUGUGGGAGAUGCUAUAGUUACCAGUGAAUUUGUUCCACUCUCUUAAUCUUUCCCAUGCUUAGCAGUGAAAAAUAGGUUUUGCCCCAUUCUGGGGACUCUCUGGAGGGUAUUAUUUUUAUGCUGCUGAAUAUCAUGUCUGUAAUAGACCCAUGCAUGCAGCCUUUCCUCUAUUCCCCUUCAUCCCCUCUCUUUUGGGGGUGUUCUUGUUGACAUUACAAGCUUUUAACACAUUUUUGACUUAGGAGCUCUGUUGCUGGAAGUGUAAGUCCCCAGCCAGUUACUCUCAUGAUGAUAUUACUGAUGUGUAACUCAUUCUUGUGUGGUGUUCUGUGCUAUAGAGUCUGUGUAGUGCUAUCCAUAUUCAGAGUUCUGGUUUGUUUUCUUUGUUUUUCCUUUAAAACCUGUUAGAGUUUUCCCUUUUUGUUGGAAAAAAAGGAAAUCAGAACUCUGUUUCCCACUCCAUAAGCCCUGACAUUAUUUCACGUUUUAUAGUAUUUUAAGAUGUAUAUUUUAUUUUAUUUUUUUGGCUUAGUGUUUUUAAUUAUUAAUCAGUCCAGAAAAUUUUGGCCUCUUUUUUCUCAUGGGGAAACAGUGAACAUUAUGCUUGAUCCCACAAUUUUUAGUAAAAGAACUAAGUUUGUUUAACCUUCAGGAUUUCUCCUUAAUAUAUCUUCACCUGAGAAUUUCUUUCAAGAGAGUUCUUUAUAAUCUUAAUGGUUUGUUGAGCUAUAAGAACUGCCAUUUAAAAAAUAAUAGGACAACAGAUGGUUUAUUGUUUAAUAUACCUAUGGAAUAUGUACAAACUGGAUCUACAAACAGAUAACUUUAAACUAGACCGGGGAUAUUGAAGUAACCCAUCAAAAUGUGCUCUGCAGUGAUUCUGCUUAACGUUCAAGUUCAGUAACUAAGGCAUCUGCUUCAUGCUCCGCUUGCAAAGCACAUGGCAUGGCUUUUGUGUGUUGGAGGAUGGAUUUGUGAUUUGUGCUGAGAGCCACUUCUGAUCGUGAGGGAUAGAACUUGGGCUGAUUUUUUUUCUUGUCAAGUUUCUUUCUAGGAAUUUUUGGUUUUGUCUUUAAAAAACAAAACAAAACAUACUUUCUUGAAUGUAUCAUGUCUUCAUUAACAACCGAAAAUAUAUAUGGUGUUUACUAAACUUGUUUACUAUAUUAAAAUUUCCUUUUUAUUUUUAGAAACCCAGUUCUUGAGUUUUUUAAGACAGAUUUUUGUUUUUUCUUAGCUGAGGUAUAGUUCUAGGGAGGAGAAUUAAUUAAGCCAGUUUUGUGUGAGAAAAAACAGUUUGCUAUCCAGGUCUUUUUCUGUUGUCAGAGGGUGGGAAUAUGGUCCAAACAAACCCCAUUAGGUUACUCCUGCAGCAUGUGCUUUUAGCUGCUCUCUUGACUAAGGAUCAAAUAGCCCUUUGUGAUCUGGCCUUCAGCUCCUUUGCUUCUGUGUAUGAACCUUGGAUGUUACUAUAUUUCAUAUUUACCAGAGCUAUUCGAGCAAUAGUAUAUAAACCACUAGCCUUUUUAAAUAAAAGUCUGCCCCAUUGCUAAUGUGCAGAAAUUGAGUCCACUUUCAUUUCUUGACAGCUUUUCUUUGUACUGCUUUAGGCAGAAAGUGUGUAUCUAUUUUUCUUUGACUGACACCCCAGUUUGCUGCAGUGACAGAACUUAAUUUUUGAUCUUUGAAUUUCAUAUAUGUAUAUAUAUAUAUGACAUUUAAUGCACUGUCUAAGUGGAACUGUCUUGUUGUCAUUGUGAUUAAGGGGCCAACUUUCCAGGCAGCUAGCAGAGGUGUUAUUCUGUUCAUCUCCCAGCAAAUUUUAAUUCCUUUGCCCACCCAUUCCCUCUACACUAGGUGGCAGUUGGUGAUGGCACAAUAAAGGUUUCUGCAGUACCAUCUUGGACAUUGCAGGCUGAAGACUUACUACCAAGGUUGAUCUGGGGCAUGUUGUUUUGCUGCCUGCAUAUUCUAGACUGCCAUGGGCAGUGCACCUUGAGUCUGUUUGAAGAUCUGUCUAAGCCUGAUUUUUUUUGUCAAAUAUCUUAACCCAGCAAAACAACUCUUGAGUAGCUCAUGCCUUGCUCUUAGGAAUUCUGUCUCUUGUUGUUUAAAAAAUAAUGUUCAUCUCUCUUUUUUAUUUGUUUUUAUCUAGUCACUGUUUACAGUUGUAUGCUAAAGCCUGAAAUAUUGUCUGUGCUGUGGUGUAUGAGCAUUGCCAAUUUUAUAUUUAUUGCAGCGAAGAAGAAACUAAAGAUAUAUGAAAACAAGGAGCAUGGCCACGCUCCUAAAUCUGUGUGGGUGCAUGUGGGAGAAGAGAGUUGGGGUCUCUUAAAAGGAGGCUUUUGGGAUGGGGUCUCCCAGGCUUCUCCUUGGUGUUCCUGCUUGGGGAUCACUGCUGCUAGCUGACUGGACCUCCCCAACGGAAGUUUGUGAUUCCGCUUUGGCAACGUUUCAUUGACUAGUAGAACUCAUUCUGUUUUAGUGCAUAUUUCAAUAUAAAUGUAAACAUUUCACUCAAA